AUGCCAGGUAACAUCAUCCCUCUCAUUACCUCACCUACCCCAUCUCUAGUCGAAACAAAUGGAAUACCGUCGCCGGAGGAGGAAAUGCGCAUUCGAGAAGCCAUCCAUCUUGCACAACAAGAACUCGAGAAUGUCAGGCGGGAAGGCGUCUGGUAUGCCAUAGAGCAGAUUGCACGAUCAGGUAUUCCAGAUGCACAACAGUUGCUGGAUAAUCGAAGCCUCAUAGUCGACGAGAAAAACGUGGAUGCGUAUAAGUUUCCCCUGUUCAGAUUGGAAUUGAAUGUGCGUAGCAUGUUCGUCGGAUUCAUAGAACAACACGAAGCUCUCGUUUCCCCCAUCCGCCGCUUCCCACCCGAACUUCUCAUCGAGAUAUUCUCCUGGAUCGUGCAGGAGUCUCCUUUUCCUACCAGGCAUUCAGUCGCCUACCCGUACGAUCUGGCGUUCUUCAACCGUUUUCGAGCUCUUGCUUUCACCCACGUGUGCGCGUACUGGAGACAGAUCGCGCUCUCCACGCCGCAACUCUAUACUUCCAUUCCAUUCAUCGACAAGAUUUAUCCCAAUGGGUCAGAAAAAGCUGAAUCGAAAGGGUCCGUCAACCUUGUCAGGCUCUACCUUGAGCGGUCGAGGGAUUUCCCCAUCCAUAUUAGGGUAUGGCUGCCCUACUCAGGCCUCGCAGAAGGCGACCCGGCCGACGCUGCUUCGUCCGAGCCCUUACGCUCCAUUCUCCAACACACCGACCGGUGGAGAUCCGCCGUUCUCCAGGUCAGCCCCGCGAUCUACGAGUCACUCCCCACACUCGACUUUCCCCUCCUUCACGCACUCAACCUCCGCGUCGUCUUGCCCACCAGCCCCGACGGCAUUCGCGAAGGCGACUACCGUGCUCCCAACACCGUGUUCCAAAGCACGCCACGGCUGCAGAUGCUCGUCUUAGACAGCAAGCCGAUGUUUCCCGAGCUGGACGAGCUCCUCACCCCGCUGACAACCUUCAUCGGUCUCCCAGUCAGCGUGGCUUGCCUUGUUCCGUGCCCCGAGCUCGUGAAGUGCGAGUUCCGAGGUCCGGCUGGGAUGCUGUCGGUCACUGACCCACCAUACGCGUUUCGGCAUGAUGGUAUCAAGAGCUUUAGGCUGGUGAACACGAAUUGCGCGUUGCCGCUCGGUGGGGAGUUUACGACGACGUUCUUUUGGUCGAUGAAGAUGCCGAACCUUGAGGUGCUGGAGAUUGAGGGCCCAGGGACAAUUGAGGCGGCGCCGGUGGUGAGAGAGCUCCUAGGCAUGACGCUCGCGAAGCCGUCUCUGCUUCGCUCGUUCACGUUCCAUGUACGUGGUGUGACGAAGGUCGAGCUCUGCCUCCUGCUCGGAGCGAUGCCGCUUCUGGAGGUCUUGGACAUCUGGGAUAUACCGUCAUCAUCCAUUCACCUUCUCUCUAUGAAAGCCGGCCACAUGUCAAGCGAAGGCGCUGAGCCACGUCCGCUUCUCGUACCUCGUCUGCGUUCUCUGACCAUUCGCGAGUUCUCGGACCCUGACUUCAAGUCACUGGAGCAGGUUUACAAGUCUCGUCUGCUCUCCUCUUGUCAAUCCAGCGAUCCGUCGUCAACAGCCAGAGCAGUCGACCACGAUCUAACUAUAUUCCUGACCUACCGCCGCGCCCGUGGAUGUGCCAGAUACCAAAACCUCAUCGAAGGAUGGCAGGAGGUUGAACCUGGAAAACAUGAGAAAGGAUCCGAGUGCACGAUGCUCCUUGGCUGGGCGAGUUACCUCGUCAAGAAUUUCCUGGGUUUCGACUCCUGGGGGCCUGAUUGUGUGAUGAAGCGUUUCGAUUUUACGGGCCGAGGGCGCUUUCCCAAAGGCUCUUGGGAUAGCGAGAGGUACGACAAAUUCUUCAAGGUUGUAGAAGCAUACGACGUGAAGGACGGACGGCUUCUUGAGAUGACCCGGCUGCAUAGAAUCAUGUCUGCGGUCCGGGACCUGUUUGAAGAGCAUCCUCACGGGGAUCCCGGAUUACACUUUCGCGCUCGGGCAGGAGAACUUGUGAGGAAGUGGACUCCGCUUGUGGAGCAAAGUGCGAAGUGGAGACGGUGGAAGAUAUCGGAAGAUGGGAGGACGUUGAGGUUGGGAGAUGAGUUGGGGCCGAGGAAGAUUGAGGUAGAGAUUUAG